UGCAGGCAGCUGCUUGGGAGCCAGGUGCUGGGAGCUGCAGCUCAGCUUGGCUCAGCUAGGUUGGCUUGGUUUGGCUCAGUUCUGCCCAGCUCAGCUCACUUCAGCUCAGCACAGCUCAGCUUAACAAGACCCAGUUCCACUCAUCUGCUCCCAGCUCAGCACAACACGACUCUCUUCAGCUUGGCUCUGCUCAGAAAAUCUCAGUGCAGUUCAGUUCAGUUCAGCUCAGCUCAGCUCAGCUCAGCUCAGCUCAGCUCAGCAUGCCUCCACUCUGCUCAGAUCGGUCCAGCUCAGCUCGGCUUGACUCGCCUUGGCAAGGCGCAGCGCUGCUUGGCUCGGCAUGGCAGGCCUCGGCAUGGCUUGGCACGGCCCGGCAUGGCACGGCUCGGCUCGGCACACCCGAUGCAACCGCAGGACCCAGCGCCCUCGCCCCCGACCGGGACUGGAUCGAGGCCGUCCCGGGGCGGAGCCACCCUGCUGUCCCCGCCCCCCAGAGCCGGGGGCUUCGCCGUGCCCCCGCCGGGCCGGGAUGGCAGCGGGACAGACGGACGGCGGCGGGACGGCGGGACGCUCGGACCCGGGCCGGGGCUCCGCAGCGCGUCCGUCCCCACUCCUGCCGGUGUCUCCGGGGAUUAUUUUCCCUUCUCCCCAUUUCUCCGGAGGGGAAAAGCGAGGGGCUGCCGGUGGUCUUAAAGGCAGAGCCCACUGGCGCUGCCCUGCGCUGACCGCCCCAUGCCCCCGUAGCGCUGUGCCGUGCCCGGGGCGAUGCUGUGAGCUCCGCUCGGAUGGUCUGAGUUCUUCCCUGCCCUCCACUCCUCCUGCCCAGAUGCAGUGGAUAAUAUUCAUGUUGCUGUUAUUCAUCAGCUCCAUGGAAAUGCUCUCGCAGAACCGAUGGAAAAAGCAAGUGAGCGCCGGCCUCUUGGAGAACUGCACGGGCUGCGUCCUGUGCUCGGAGGAGAACGGCUGCAUCACCUGCCACCACCGGCUCUUCCUGCUCAUCUGGAGGGACGGCAUCCGCCAGUACGGGGUGUGCGUCCACACCUGCCCCCCCGGCUACUUCGGCGUGCGGGGUCUGGAGGUCAACAGAUGCACAAAGUGCAGGUCGCCCAGCUGCGAGAGCUGCUUCAGCAAAGACUUCUGCAUGAAAUGCAAGGAGAAGUUCUACCUGCACAAAGGCCAAUGCUUCCGGCAGUGCCCCCCCAGCACCGCGGCUCAGCCCGGCACCCGCGAGUGCCAAGAAACAUGCGAGCCGGGGCCCUGGAGCGAGUGGAGCGCCUGCACUCACGAGGGCCGGAGCUGCGGCUGCAAAUGGGGUCUGGAGACGCGGGUGCGCGAGGUGCCGGGCUCCCCACGGGAGGAGGGGGCUGCGUGCCCCGCGCUGCUGGAGAGCCGCAGGUGCCGCCUGAGGAAGCACUGCCCGGGAGAGAAAACCAAACUCAGAAACAAAGGCAAAAAGCGUCAGAAGAAGCAGAGGACAGAGCAGGACGCGGGCACCUAGCGCAGCAGCCCCCCCGUGCUGCCCCUGCUUUCCAGCUGCAGAAAAAUUGCACAAUUUUCUCCCCCACCACCCCCUUACCCCAACCUCCCCCUUUCUUUUGAGACAAUUUAUGGCCUGUAAAACAUUUCCUUUUCAGAAAAUCUAAUUUGCAAUGUCCAAAGCAAUGCCCCGGGGCUCGGGCAGGGGGUGGCUCCCUUAUUUUGCUCUUCUUCCCUCUGCCACUCUCUGCAUCUGGGUGGGAUGGGGCUGGUGUGGGUCUGACCGUGCUGCAGGCCAUGGAUACCCAUCCCAGAGAUGUCCCAUCCCCACUGGAUCCUGUGUACAUUGGGGUCCUCAGGGCUCAGCACCUAUGGCACAUGUAUGGGUUCACAACAAUGGGGGGGGAAGGGGGGCUUUACCCAUGCACUCCACAUCACAGCAGCCCCCUGUGCUGGGAGAGCAGCCCCACAGCCCCCUCCAGACACGGGCAGGGCGACACCAUCCCUGUCCCCAUCCAAGGGACAUGGGAAGCACACGGAGAAGCGCUGCAGCACCUUUGCAAUGCGCUUUGCUCCAACUGCUGCUCUCACCAUGGGAAUUUCUGUGACUCUUUGAAGAGUUUGGCCACCCCAUUCCUCCUCCUGGCACAAAUGGGGGUUGUGGGGCCCUUCUAGGAGGAGAGCACUGGGUGUCAGCAUCGAGCCAGCCGGAAGCAUCACUGCUCUGUUUGCUUAUGGACAAAUAAACUAUUAAAGCCUCUGGCAUCCAUCGCCUUUCUGUUUUCCUGCACUGUGGAAACAGUUUCUGUGAGGCACUGCUGUAGAAAUCG